AGUACUUGGGCCCAGGCCUGGAUCAUUAAAUAAAUGUAGUUCUAAGUGGGUUAGACGGGCCAACACGCUACCCGUUGGCUCUACCUCUUGGCGACCGAGCCCCCCGCAUGCUCGCCUCCUCCGCCGUCGCGUCCCUUCCGCCCCUCGUCUCCGAAGAGAGUCCGUCCUCCUCCCGACCCUAGUGGAAUUUACCGGUAAUUCUCGGAAGUUGAUCGAGGGAUCGGAGAUGGGUUCUCCCGAGAACACCAACUGGGUCUUCGAUUGCCCUCUGAUCGACGACAUGUCCGUCGCCAGCGGCGAUUUCCCGGCGCCCGGGACCGGAUUCUACUGGAAUUCCCAGGGAAUCAACAGUUCCUCCAAUUCCAGUGUGGAAAUUAGUGGCUCCUUUGUAGAUUCUGCUGGCAUCAAAGAGUCAGACUCCAAGAAACGUGUUAGGUCAGAAUCUUCCUGUCAACCUGGCUCCAAAGCCUGCAGGGAAAAAAUGAGACGAGAUAAGUUGAAUAAUAAGUUCUUGGAGUUGGGAUCCAUUUUGGAGCCAGGAAAACCACCGAAGAUGGACAAAGCGGCUAUCUUAAGCGAUGCUGUCCGCAUGGUGACUCAAUUACGCAGUGAAGCACAAAAGCUGAAAGAUUCAAAUGAGGAUCUCCAGGAGAAGAUCAAAGAAUUGAAGGCUGAGAAGAAUGAGCUUCGUGAUGAGAAACAGAGGCUGAAGGCAGAGAAAGAGAACCUAGAGCAGCAAAUAAAGAUCCUAAAUGCUCGAGCAAGCUAUGUAGCACACCCUCCUGUAAUUCCAGCAGCUUUUGCUGCACAAGGGCAAACAGCAGCGCACAAACUGAUGAUGCCUGUCAUUGGCUACCCUGGAUUCCCUAUGUGGCAAUUCAUGCCGCCUGCGGAUGUUGAUACCUCACAGGAUGCUGAAUCAUGUCCCCCAGUUGCUUAAGAUCAUUGAUUACUACUUUGAUCAACUAAUUUCUCCAUCAACUGCUUUACUUUGGCUUGUGUAAGACGGUGUUGUUUCAUUUCCAUUUUAGGCUUAGCUUCUCAGUAGUAUAACCAUGAAUUGAUGUUUUAAGUAAAUUGGGACUGUCCAGUGGAAUAACUGUAAAUUAUAAUAAAAAAAUCUAGCUUCCCAUUAGUAUCAAAUGGAACCAUGCAGAUUCUCACA